CUCCUGCCAGACAACACCAAAAUACUCAGAGGCAGGCAGGCACCUACCUACCCACAUAAUCACCAUGGCCGACGACGGCCUCCUCCUAAACUUCAGCCUCCCGGACACAACCAUCCUCAAACACGAGCCGAAGAAAGUCAAAGGCGGAACAUGGCGCGACCGACUCAGCGCAAAGAAAAUCGCCGCGCACCGGACGACGAACCCGCGGGGCGAUAAACCCGCCAACGGGAACAAUGAGCAGAACAAUAAUUUCCGCAAUCCGAAUCGCAUUCAAGUCUCUGGGACACGGCCGGUGAAGAGGCAGAGAGUUGAUGAGGGGGGACAUGCACAGCAGCAACAUCCACACCAGCAACAGACGGGACCGAGACAGUUUGUGUCGUCGUUGUUUACUAAGAAUCCGACGCCGAGGAAUAAUGUUGAGGAGGAGAAAAAGAAGGGGGGAGAUGGGGAGGAGGAAGAGGAGACGAAGCCGACGAACGCACCGCUGAUUGAUGGAUUGGAUACAUUCACGAACUUGGGGCUAUCGGCUCCGCUGGCGGCGCAUUUGCUGACCAAGUUGGAGGUGAAGGCGCCGACGGCGAUUCAGAAAGCGAGUAUAUCGCAAUUACUCAAGGAGGAGAGUGAUGCGUUUAUACAGGCGGAGACGGGAUCCGGAAAGACGAUGGCAUAUUUGUUGCCGCUGGUGCAGCGGAUUAUGACGAUUGCGCAGAAUCAGAAGCAGAGGGAGGAAGGCGGUAUGGUGCAGCGUGACAGUGGGUUGUUUGCGAUUGUGCUGGCGCCGACGAGAGAGUUGUGUAAGCAGAUUGCGGUGGUGUUGGAGGGGUUGUUGCGGUGUGCGCAUUGGAUUGUGGCGGGGACGGUGAUUGGAGGUGAGAAGAAGAAGAGUGAGAAGGCGCGGUUGAGGAAGGGGUUGAAUAUCCUGGUUGCGACGCCGGGUCGGUUGGCCGAUCAUUUGGAGAAUACGCAGGCGUUGGAUGUGAGUAAUGUGCGGUGGUUGGUGUUGGAUGAGGGUGAUCGGUUGAUGGAGUUGGGAUUUGAGAAGGAGUUGGCAGGCAUUAUUCAAAAACUGGAUGCGCGACAGCGACCCAGUCGGAUUCCCGGCAUUCCGGCCAAGAGGACGACUAUCUUGUGUUCGGCGACGUUGAAGAUGACGGUGCAGAAGCUGGGAGAGAUCAGUUUGAAGGAUGCAGUGCAUAUUCAGGCGGAUCCGGCGGAUGAGGAGGGAGAGCCCAGGAAGAAGGAUGAGGAGGAUGCGUUCCGCGUGCCGGCGCAGCUGAAGCAGUCGUAUGCGAUUGUGGCAGCAAAGCUACGGCUGGUUACGCUGACGGCGUUUAUGAAGCGGACGUUUAUGAGGAAGGGAUCGGUGAUGAAAGCUAUUGUGUUUGUGUCGUGUGCGGACUCGGUGGACUUUCACUUCGAGGUGUUUACGCGGAAGCAGGGAGAGGAAGAGAAGGAGGAAGAGAGCGGAGAGAGCGACAGUGACGACGAGGAUGCAGAGGAGAAGAGGAAGAAGCUUGAGGCUUCGGCUCAUGGAACUAUCGCACCUGCUACGGCCUUCUCGAACCCCUCGAACCCCGUGACGCUGCAUCGACUGCACGGUUCUCUUCCUCAGCAUGUCCGGACAGCCACCCUGAAUGCCUUUGCCCGCAAUCGCGAUCCCUCCGUGCUUAUCUGUACCGACGUUGCGUCUCGUGGUCUGGAUCUUCCGAACGUUGAUCUGGUGGUGGAGUACGACCCGGCCUUUAGCGCGGAGGACCACCUGCACAGAAUCGGACGUACUGCGCGUCUGGGACGUGACGGUCGCGCUCUUCUUUUCCUCAUGCCGGGCUGUGAAGAGGGCUACGUCGACAUCCUCAAGAAGGGCUACCGGGAUGGUGGAAAGGCGCUGACACGCACCGAUGCAGACGAAAUUCUGAAGCGUGGUUUCGGAGGCAAUGUUGAGUCGCAGAACACCGACUGGGAGGAGAAGGCAACGGAUUGGCAGCUGGAUGUGGAAAGAUGGUCCUUGGAAAACAAAAAGUACCUUGAAAUGGCCCGGCGUGCAUACCAGUCUCAUAUCAGAGCCUAUGCCACGCACAUCGCCAACGAGCGGAGUAUGUUCAACAUCAAAGAGCUUCAUCUCGGACAUCUGGCAAAGGCUUUCGGUCUGCGUGAUCGGCCCAGCAAGAUCAAUGUGCCUGGCCUUCGUCAAGGAAAGGACGAUACCAAGAAGGAUUUCAAGGCCGAGCGGAAACCCGUUGCUGGAAAGAAGAGGAAGGCUGGUGGUCGCGAUGAUGACGAUGAUGCUCCUGCUCCCACCGACAUGCAAACGGCUGCUAAGAAGAUGAGGGCGAAGAUGAGGGAGAACAUGGCCGGUGCAAGCGAGUUCAAUCUGGCCUAGUUGGCAACACAUGUAAAUAAUAAUUGACGACAAUCAGUAGAUAUCCCACAAUGAGAUCUUUCCGUCUU